AACAAAAUGUCCUUAUCAAAACUGAUGAAGUGAAGAACGAAGAUGCACAAAAUAAUUAAAAGAUGGAUAACAAACUGAACACAAGACAGAAAAUGAUAAGAUUGAAUGGUAUUGUCAAAUAUGAUUUUGUUUAUAAUGCUUUGAAGUUUGGCGUUAGUAGAGUGUCUCUAACGAAAUUCUGAGUUUGAAUUAAUAUGUUCAUGUCAAGGGAUUUAGAAAUUCUUAUGGCUCUUUCGCUUAAUUAUCAGAGUGAUAACCGUAGAACCUCCCCACAAGGCAGUUCAACGUUGGAUUCUAGUCAUGAUCCAGACAACCAAUUGUCUUCUAAUCAGUCCUUUAAAGACGCUCUUAAAGCUCAAAAACGACAUAUCUUUGAAGUGUCACCAAAUGUUGAGAAUGGUAGUUUCAAACCUCUCAACGCCUAUUCAACUUCUCUGGAAGCUAAAGAACGAAGCUCCAUUAUAAUCAACUGUGCUCAAUUUUUGGGCAUGGAGUUUAAAGACAAACCUUUACUCAAAAUGUUACACUGGCAAUUUCCUAAAUGCCUUGGCCUUAAACCUAGAAUGAUUGGCAAGAACAAAAGAAAGGCUAUGAAGCUUGGCUUCUCGACUGAAAACGCAUGUAGAGACGCUUUCCUUAAAGAAUUUAAUUUGUAGUGAAUGGAAAGAAAAUUGAACUGAACAAGACCCUUGACCAUUUUGCAAUGGUAAUCAACAUUGGUAUUUCUGAAAUUCCUCUCAUGGAAGAAGAAGUAUUGAAGUCAACAUUGAUCAAUACCUUUGAACGCUUUGGCGAUAUUUUGAACAUUGGUAUCUCCAAGUGCGCUGACUCCGAAUGGUUCACUAGUCGCGGUUUUGCUACGAUUAAUAGGGAUAAAUUAAAAGCAACGUAUGCAGCUGAGCUCACUCCCCAAGUGAGACUUGUAGGUUUUCAAGCAGUAUUACUGAACACCGUUGGUCUCAAAUGAAGCCUAUUUGCACUGGCUGUCAUACGGACGAACACAUCCAAUUUGACUGACCCAAAAGAGUCAGAAAUAUAUGCUUCCGCUGCAAGAGCCCUAACCACUUGCAAGUCAAAUGCCCUAUGGCACCUUGGAAU